AUGAACUUCUACGCGAUAAAGAAUCACUUCCAAUAUAAGGUGAAGAAGUCAUGUAGAAGACAGUUUUUCUUAGAUUGUUGGGAUGAGAGAUGUGAUUGGAAAUUAAGAGCUUCAAGAAAAAGAAAAACAAGCAUGUUCAUGAUAAGGAAGUUGAACAAUGUUCAUAUUUGCCCAUUAGAAUCAAGAACAAGCAAUCAAAGGCAAGCAACAGCAGCAAUCAUUGGAAAGUGCAUUAAGUCAAAAUUUCUGAGUUUAAAAACAGUUUACACGCCGGGAGAUAUAUUGAGGGACAUGAAAGAAGACUACGGUGUAAACAUCAACUAUACAAAAGCUUAUAGAUCAAAGGAGAUGGCUCUUGAAAAAAUAAGAGGAAGAGCCGAUGAUUCAUUUGCAAAGCUGCCGUCUUAUUUAUAUCUCCUACAAAUUGCAAAUUUAGGAUCAUUUGUGAGAUUACAAACUACAGAAGACAACAGCUUUCUCUACGUGUUCAUGGCUUUAGAUGCUUCAAUAAAAGGCUGGACUUCGUGUAUGCCUUUGGUAGCAGUUGAUGGCACAUUUCUAAAGUCAGCUUAUGGUGGAACACUGCUCUCAGCAAGUACACAAGAUGGAAACGGCAAAAUUUUCCCCUUAGCGUUUUCAGUGGCAGAUUCUGAAAAUAAUGAAUCAUGGGAAUGGUUUAUUCAAAAUUUAAGAGAGGCAUUUGGAUUGAGAGAGGGAAUGUGUAUUAUUUCGGAUCGGCAUGAGAGCAUAAAAAAUGCAAUUGGAAAGGUAUAUCCUGAAGUUAGCCAUGGAAUAUGCACCUUUUAUUUGUACAACAACCUCAAAACAAAUUUCAGGAAGAAAUCAAAAGAUUUCAGAAAAACAUUUUUCAAAGAAGCAAGGGCAUACACUAAAGAUAAAUUUGAAUUUUACAUGGCUGAAAUUGAUGAGAUGGAUGCGCGUAUAAGGCCGUAUCUAGAAAAAGUGGGGUAUCCAAAAUGGGCGAGGACACAUAUUACAAACAAUAGACAUUUGAUGAUGACAACAAAUGUGGCAGAAUCUUUGAAUGCAAAAAUUAGAGGUGCAAGGGAACUACCAAUAACACCUUUGUUAGAGUACCUACGAGCAUUGGUUCAAGAAUGGACAUAUACAAAUAGGUUCUCAGCCAUGUCAACCUUCACAAGCGUUUCAAAAAGAGCUGAAAACAUGCUACAUGAAAACUACAUUGAUUCGCUGAAAAUGAAGGUAUCAAAAUCAACUGAUCAACUAAGUACGGUUUAUGAACAUGACCUGAUAUUCACAGUAGAUUUGAAAGAAAAAACUUGUACUUGUAGAAGAUUUCAAAUGGACAAACUUCCGUGUCCACAUGCCAUGGCAUUACUAAAAGAGCUACACCAAGAGCCUUACAGGUACUGUUCAGAAUACUUUGAAAAAGAAAUGAUGUUAAAAACUUAUGAAGGGAUAGUAUAUCCAGUUGACAAUCAAAACUUGCCUAGCAUACCAACAAAUGUUACAGAGAAAAUAGUUCUGCCGCCACAUGGAAAAACCAAGUCAGGAAGACCAAAGAAGAGGAGAAUUAAAGGGCCAUGCGAAUCUACAAAUCAGAACAAAUGCAGCAGCUUUAUGGUAGCUCAUGAGCAGCUUUUUGGUAGCUCAAUGAACUAG